AUGGAGGAAAUGGAAGAGGCAAGCAACCAAAACCCAAGCGCCACCGUUACCAAUCGAAACCUAAACGAUCUCCCAGAGGAGCUCCUCCUCCACAUCCUCACCUGUCUUCCCAUAUUAGAAUCGGUCCAAACCUCUCUCAUAUCCCAGAAAUGGAGAUCCCUCUGGUCUCGUGUUCCCUCCUUGAACUUCCUCUUCGAACUCUUCCCGCCAUAUGAGCCACCCUUAGAUACUCGCCAGUUCUUCGCCGAAUUCAUCGACCGCGUUCUUAUUCUUCGCUCCAAUUCUCCCAUCCACACUUUUCGCCUCUCUUUCAUCUACCAUGGUCACUACCGCUCUCAUGUUGACUCUUGGGUUCGAUCCGCCAUAACCCGCCUUCGCACACGUGAGCUCUAUCUCGACUUCUUCAUCCACAAAGAUUUUCAUAACGAAGAAACUCAUAAUCACAGGUAUGAUUUCCCUUUCUCUGUUCUGAGAAAUGGGUGCGUAGCAAUCUUAGGCCUUACGCGAUGUGAUCUUACGUUGCCGGCUAAAAUGUCCACGCUGCGUUUUUGCUCGAUUGGGUCCAUGUUUCUCAAUGAGGUUUAUUUGACGGACCAGGCAAUGCGGGAUUUGAUUUCAGGUUGCCCCAAUUUGGAGGCUUUGGAUCUUGAGAACUGUUUGGCGCAUCAUCAUAUGAAGAUAUGUAGCACAAAGCUUAAGAGGCUAGCACUUAGGUAUUUUUAUGAUUCUGAACUCAAAGAGACCAUUUUGGUUGAUUGCCCAAACCUUUGUUCGAUCAGUUUUAAUUGUUGUGCCUUUGACAAAUUUGUACUUAAGAAUGCGUGGUCCCUGGUUGAGUUUCAUGUCGAUAUUUUGCACAAAAUCGAUCGGUCCUAUCGUUAUUGGAACAAGGUUGUGAGGCUACUAGGACAAGCACCUAAUGUUAAGCAUCUUAAUGUGCAGAAUUGGUGGUUUAAGUUUCUGACAUCAAAGGAUUCUUUCCCCAAAAGUUUUAUGAUCCACAAUCUCAACCACUUAGAGCUACGGACGGGGUUUACCCAAUAUGAUCUGGUUGGCAUGGCUGCACUGCUUAAGCUUUGUCCCAAUCUCGAGACAAUGAUGCUGGACUACCUUUUCAAGAUAGAGGAAGAUGAGACGUUAUCAGAACAGUUCUCAAGUAAACCAGUUGAAUUGAGCAUGCCAAGUCUCAAGCAAGUUACGGUGACAUCUUAUACUGGAACAGAAGAUGAAAUUAAUUUUAUGAAAAUCUUGAGUACGCAAGGAGUUGCCCUAGAAAAGAUUAUACUUGUCCUUGGCCAUGUUGGCGCAAAGUCACGUCUUCAAAUGGUUCUAUAUAGGAAUGCUUCACAAAGUUGGAAGUGCUACGCACCAGAUCUCUCCCUCACGACACUGAAUCAUAUAGACUCUGAGAUUUUUAAACAGGGAAUCAAUUGGCUCUUUGAAAGUUGUCUUGUUUUUUGA